AUGGCUCCAAAAUCAGAUUCCCAAACCCUAACCGCUGGUGCUACUGAUAGCCAUGCAAACUCAAUUGAUCCGUUAUUCCACGCCCUGCGGAUCCUCCCAUUCUCCUUCCUCCGCCCCCCGCGCCUCCGCCUCAAGCUGCCGUCGUUCACUCUGCCAUCGCCGAUGACGGUCUUCGCCUUCGUCCUGCUCACCUACUUCAUGGUCAUUUCCGGCAUCGUCUACGACGUCAUUGUCGAGCCUCCCGGCAUCGGCUCCACGCAGGACCGCCUUACCGGCUCCGUCCGCCCCGUCGUCUUCCUCCCUGGUCGCGUCAACGGUCAGUACAUCAUCGAGGGAUUGUCGUCAGGAUUCAUGUUCGUACUUGGUGGGAUCGGCAUCAUUCUCAUGGAUCUAGCGCUCGAUAAGAACCGAGCGAAGAGCGUUAAGGUGUCUUAUGCCUCCGCCGGGAUCUCAUCCGUGGUUCUCGCCUAUGUUAUGAGUAUGCUCUUCAUUCGCAUUAAGAUCCCGGCAUAUUUAUCUUAAAUAUUUGUUAGAUCAGGUGGUAUAUUAUCUCAUUGUUAGAUUCACAUGGAAUGGUGGAUUGGACUGGUUAUUGUGGUUUAUGUGAAUUUUAUGGAAUUGAUAAUCGACUGAGCUUUUUUAUUUUUCUUCUUCUGUUUGGGAUGAUUACGAACUAGACGUGAUUUUGACUUGUGAUGGGUGAAAAAUAUUAGCUCGUAAAUUUCUGGCAA